CGGCCUCUCAGAGCCAUGACCGAGUGGACUCUGCUGAAGCGCCUGCUGGACGCCGUGCACCAGCACUCCACCAUGAUCGGCCGCCUCUGGCUGACCGUGAUGGUCAUCUUCCGGCUGCUGGUGGUUGCCGUGGCGGCGGAGGACGUGUAUGCGGAUGAGCAGGAGAUGUUUGUGUGCGAUACGCUGCAGCCAGGCUGUCCGAAUGUGUGCUACGAUGCCUUUGCACCCAUUUCCCAGCCACGAUUCUGGGUUUUCCACAUCAUCGCCGUAUCCACGCCGUCACUCUGCUUCAUCAUCUACACCUGGCACAACCUGGCCAAGCGGGCACCAACACCUGGGCAGUCCCACAAGAGCCUGGGCCAAAGCCUGGCUGAUGUGUUGGAGGGCAUUGGAGGCCAGAGCAUCCAGAGGAACGUUCAGAAGAGCGCCUGUGUGUCCUUGACUUGCUCCCCAGCCAAAGAGGCUUGUGGUUUGAGCUGUGACUCUGACAGCUGCUCCAUUACAUCCCACAGGCACCUGGGCCACAGCCUGGUCAACGUGCUGGAAGAGAUCGGAGCCCGCAACGGGAAGAGGAGCAGCCAGAAAAACGCCUGUGUAUCCUUGACUUGCUCUGUAGAUCAUGGAGCUCCAGAUGGAAGCUCAUCAGGAGUUCUGUCCAAAAUCUACGUCUGUCAUGUGUGUUUCCGAGCCAUGCUGGAGGUGGGCUUCCUCGUCACCCAGUGGCUUCUGUUUGGAUUCCAUGUUCCGGCUCACUUUGUCUGCACCAUCCCACCUUGUUCCCAAAGAGUUGACUGCUACGUCUCGCGGCCGACAGAGAAGACCAUCUUUCUGGUGUUUAUGUUCUCUGUGGGGGCCUUUUGCAUCUUCCUCAACAUCCUGGAGCUCAACCACCUUGGCUGGAAGAAGAUCAAAAAGUCCAUGAACGUGAAGGACGGUUAUGGGGCCACAAACCACGACGGACGAUCCAUGACGUCUCUGACCUUCAGAGAAGUGACCAGCACCACUUCUCUGCCCACACUGGACCUGGUGCUAGAUCAUCGGCCUGAUUGGACGUGUGCUGGAAACUGUUCUCCGGUCAAAGAAAGAAGAGAAGACAUGGUACAGAAAGAUGUACACAACCCAAAAGGGAAAAAACAGCCUCAUAAAGGAAAAUCAACCAAAUCAAGAGGUGCUGAGGUGUGGAUUUAA